AUGGCGGGCAUUGACGCCGAGGAGAGAGGCACUCGGCUUCUCGCAGCCUGCUGGGCUCUGGCGGCUGCGAGCGCCAUACUGCUCUUUCUGAGGAUAUACUGCAAGCUCUGGCGAGGCAGAGGUCUCUGGUGGGACGACCACUUCUUGAUCAUCUCUUGGGUGUCACUGGCGAUCGCCGUGUCGAUCAAUACCUAUCUCGUGUCGCUUGGCUUUGGCCGUCACAUGUGGACCAUCAGCGAUGAGAACAAGAAGACCAUCAACCUGUUCACCAUUCUCGUCGCGACGUUUGGUAUCCUCGCGACGACGACGAGCAAGACGUCGUUUGCCGUGACGCUGUAUCGCAUCGCCACAAACCAAUGGAUGAAGUACUUUCUCAUCUUUAUCAUCGUCACCAUCAACAUCUCCAUGAACCUCGUUUGGAUCUUUGGCUUUGCCAAGUGCACUCCUGUGGAAAGAGUGUGGGACAAAACGGUGCCAGGAACGUGCUGGGACGGACAGAAGCUGCUCAAAUACCAGCUGUUUGCAGCUUAUUACUCCGCCAUUCUCGACUUUGUUCUGGCUUUCCUUCCUUGGCCUAUUCUCAUGGGCAUGUCGAUGCGACGCCGCGAGAGACUCGGUGUCGCCGUGGCAAUGAGCCUAGGAGCCAUUGCUGGAAUCUGCGGUAUUGUCAAGGCUGUGUUGGUGGUCAGCAUGUCGAGUACCGAUAUUACCUAUGACCGUGUUGACCUCACAAUCUGGACUCUCACGGAACCUGCGGCUUCCAUCAUGGCCGUGUGCAUUCCCGUUCUGAGGAUGCUAUACCGCGAGCUCAAGUCGAGUCAAAAGAGCUACCUCCGCAACAGAUCCCACACAAACCCCCUCGACGGAACCAACGCGACCAACGUAGCGAGCAGCAACACGAAAUCCAAACGAUACGGCCCCCAUUCCAAGUACGGCCGCAACUCUGUCGUCAUCAUGUCAGCCGCCGGGUGGCAAGAGUCCCAAGAAGCCCUGCAAGACCCCACGAGCACCCAGACUAGCCGAUCCAGGUCGUCUCCCAGCUCGGGAGGUGUCUUGAAGACGGAGGAGGUGAGGGUGCAUCAUGAGCGGCUGAGCACGUUUAGCGAUGAGAACUCGAUAGAGUUGAAAAACAUGGGGCACACGGCCAGUGGAACAGGACCGAAGGGGAAUGCUCCCUCUUUUUAA